AGCUUUGUUUCAUUCAAAUUGUUAUCGAUCCUUUUAAGCUCCAAACUCGUUCAACAUGAGCAACGAUGGCUUACUCCAAUGGGCGGAGGCUUUGUCUGCGGCCACUUCUACCCUACUUGAAUCGCUAAGAGAAAAUAGCCAACAAUUAUAUGAACCGGCUUGUUCGCAGGCAUCUAAGGAGCAAAGUCACGAUGAAAGUACUAAGGAAGAGCAUGCUCUUCCUUCGAAUUGUGCACGGUUAGAAGAACCACAAAUCAAUUAUAAAAUGCCUUAUACACCACUACAGAACAACAAGCACACAAAUCUACUGGAAUAUCCAGAUGCCUCUUCCGCAACAAACGAAGACCUAAGUCGCCUUGCGGAGGAUCAAUCUCCGGGGGAGUUUCAAGACAUUUAUGAACUUCGAAAACAACAUAUAAGGCAUGGGAGCAGUUAUUUUGAUCAUAUUCGCAGAGGCUACCGAGGCGGGUGGCGAGGCGGGUACCGCGCCAACAAUUACAAAACCUAUCGCCGAGGCUCUCCGUACGGCCCGAGGCCUUCGUUUGAACGACUAUCAAGGUAGUUCAUUAAGAUAUACAAGCUGCCAGGGCUAAA